CUUUUCUUAAUGAAGCAGUCCCUAGUUACCAACUACCUUCUGGUGAUAUAUUGCAAAAAUGUAUAUUAACAAAAAUCUGGACAAAUAUGUCUGGAAACUCAAUUUACAGAUUUAUGAUUCUUAAGGAAAAUCAAGAAUACAUUGUAGACAUUGUUGAUUUAUCUGCAAAUCGACACAUAGCAUCGUUUAUUAUAAGCCAGACUAAAGAAAUUUUGGCUAGAAAUGAAUUUUAA